UUGUUCCGUCUCUCGUCACGCACAAAGUCGCGUAUCUCAGCAUCACCCGUUUUUUUCCCCAGAAUUUUUUUCUUUUAUUUUCCUUCUCCUCAUACCAAACCAACCAACCAGCCAAGCACCCUCACAAACAUUGCAAUUCAUCUCCCUCCCGUGGCAACUAGGUUCCACGACCCGAAUACCUCUGCACCCCCUUUUUCCGCAGUUCCCAAUCUCUUCUGUCGCAAGAAAAGCAAACAUACGGCCCCCGAUGGCGCGCACCAAGGAGGACGCCAAGGCGGCGAACAACGCAUCCACAGACAUCACCCACCAGGCCACCGAAGAUGCUGGCGUGAAGAAGACCCCGGGUCGCGGUCGCGGCCGGCCCAAGGGCGUAACCUCAAAAUCCCCCGCAAAGCCCUAUGUGCCCACCGGCAAGCCGCGAGGAAGGCCCAAGGGCAGCGGCAAGAAGGGAGCACAGGCAAGGGCAAAGGCGGCCAAGAAGGUGCUGCCGCCAUUGGCGCCGGGCGAGAAGCGUCGGGGCAGGCCGCGCAAGUCGGACGUUACGCAGACCCAGGACGACGACGACCAGGCAGCGACCGCAGAGUCCGAGGCCAAUGUUGAGGCUGAGGCCGAGGACGACGCUGCCAGUAAUCAGCCAGGCAUCGGUGGUAAGUCCAACCGUCGCCAACGCAAAAGCACAUAAAUCUCCAAAAUCAUCAAAGAGACGGACCACUCACGCGAUUCCCAAUUCUCCCUUGUAGACGUGGCAAGUGAUGCGCGCACCGGGGCCAGAUCGGCCCUCACGCCGCAGCAGUCUCCCGAAUACGAGGUCGGUCCUUCAUCAUCAUUCACAUCACCGGCGUGGCUCUCACGUAUCAAGAACAUGAUUGGCUGAUUCUGGUUGCAAUAUUCCUUCUUCUUCGUUACAGGAGGACCAGGUGGACUAUGACAAUGACGAUGAAUGAGGCCUCGGUUUGGAGCGCGAACUGAGCUGAGUCGGGCUCUUUGUAAUUUGGAUGGCUUUUUGUGCUUGUGUGUAUGUGCGUAUGACGAGGCCGAAAUAAAAAGAGGGCAUCCGCGAGGAGGAAGUGGUGAUAUUCUCAGGGCUGACAUACAAGAGAGAGAGAGAGAGCGAAGCGGUGAUGAGAUGAAGAACAACUUGGACCGGCGGGCGUUUUUUGGGAGCUCCGAAUUGUAUUAUUAAUGGAUUUGACGACGACCUUUGCUUUCAGCUGGAUGAGGAGGGAGGGCCCUGGCAUGAGGCGACGGGAUAUCUGCCAGCUACAUCUAUCUAUUCCAUCUGCAUGCAGAGCCUUAUCACGAGUAUCCAUCACAUAUGAAACUAACUUCUGUGCGCAACGAUGAUGAAAAUAACCAUCAAAUGGUUUAUAUUCUGUCUCUUUGUUUCUCUCUCUGCAUACUUUUGGACUUGCAUCUCUGAGGGAUUCAUGCAUCAUAUAUGAAUUACGUGUCGAAUGGAUACUGUCCAUACCUGCCUAUCCAUCAUCACAUCACUCCCUCUUCCACUCCUCAAACUCCCUCUCCAGAUGCUCCUUCAACUCCUUGAACCGAUUCCCAAAAUUCUUCCCGCACCGCCAGCAGACCAGAUCCCGCCUCAUGAACCCCUCUUCCCUCGAACCCCUCCUGAGAUCGGCGCCCUUGAGCGGAAA